AUGUCUAUCCAAGUCGAGCAUCCUGCUGGUGGUUACAAGAAACUGUUUGAAACCGUGGAAGAACUAUCCUCACCCCUCACAGCUCAUGUUACAGGCAGGAUCCCCCUGUGGCUCACCGGAAGUCUCCUUCGAUGUGGGCCAGGACUCUUUGAAGUUGGAUCUGAGCCAUUUUACCACCUGUUUGAUGGGCAAGCCCUGCUGCACAAGUUUGACUUCAAAGAAGGACACGUCACCUACCAUAGAAGGUUUAUCCGCACUGAUGCCUAUGUACGAGCAAUGACUGAGAAAAGGAUCGUCAUCACAGAAUUUGGCACCUGUGCUUUCCCAGAUCCCUGCAAGAAUAUAUUUUCCAGGUUUUUUUCUUACUUUCGAGGAGUAGAGGUUACAGACAAUGCCCUUGUAAACAUCUAUCCAGUGGGGGAAGAUUACUAUGCCUGCACAGAGACCAACUUCAUUACCAAGAUUAAUCCAGAAACCUUGGAGACAAUUAAGCAGGUUGAUCUCUGCAAUUAUGUCUCUGUGAAUGGAGCCACUGCUCACCCCCACAUUGAAAGUGAUGGAACAGUUUACAACAUUGGUAAUUGUUUUGGGAAAAAUUUUUCAAUUGCCUACAAUAUUGUAAAGAUCCCUCCACUGCAAGCAGACAAGGAAGAUCCAAUAAGCAAGUCAGAGGUCGUUGUACAAUUCCCCUGCAGUGAUCGAUUCAAGCCAUCUUACGUCCAUAGUUUUGGUCUGACUCCCAACUACAUUGUUUUUGUGGAGACUCCAGUCAAAAUUAACCUCUUCAAAUUCCUUUCCUCAUGGAGCCUUUGGGGAGCCAACUACAUGGAUUGUUUUGAGUCCAAUGAAACUAUGGGGGUUUGGCUUCAUAUUGCUGAUAAAAAAAGAAGGAAAUACCUCAAUAAUAAAUACAGGACAUCACCCUUCAACCUCUUCCAUCACAUCAACACCUAUGAAGAUAAUGACUUUCUGAUUGUGGAUCUCUGUUGUUGGAAAGGAUUUGAGUUUGUGUAUAAUUACUUAUAUUUAGCCAACUUACGUGAGAACUGGGAAGAGGUGAAAAAAAAUGCCAGAAAAGCGCCCCAGCCUGAGGUUCGGAGAUACGUACUUCCCUUGAAUUUUGACAAGGCGGACACAGGCAAGAAUCUGGUCACGCUGCCCAACACAACUGCCACCGCGAUUCUGUGCAGCGAUGAGACCAUCUGGCUGGAACCUGAGGUUCUCUUUUCAGGACCUCGCCAAGCAUUUGAGUUUCCUCAAAUCAAUUACCAGAAGUACGGCGGGAAACCUUAUACAUACGCAUACGGACUUGGCCUGAAUCACUUUGUUCCCGACAGGCUGUGUAAGCUGAACGUCAAAACUAAAGAGACCUGGGUAUGGCAAGAGCCCGAUUCAUACCCAUCAGAACCCAUCUUUGUUUCUCAUCCAGAUGCCUUGGAGGAAGAUGAUGGUGUAGUUCUGAGUGUGGUGGUAAGCCCUGGGGCAGGGCAAAAGCCUGCUUAUCUCCUGAUUCUGAAUGCCAAGGACUUGAGUGAAGUUGCCAGGGCUGAAGUGGAGAUUAACAUCCCUGUCACCUUUCAUGGACUAUUCAAAAAAUCAUGA